ACCAUAAACACAUGGUUUUCGCUUCGACAUCUCUUCGCCAAAAAGAUCACACAGAGUCGGCCUAGAAAAAUUGAAAUCCAGAACGAACAAAAAAGGAAAGGAUUUGGAUUUGGAUUCAAUCCUUGUUUCUUCUUCUUCUUCUUCUUCUUCUCAUUUCAGCUGCUUCUGGUAUUUCCCUUCUUUUACCAAUUCCCGACGAAUUUGAAUCUCUCAGCCAUUUCUCUUCUCGCAUCUGUGUUUUUGGGCAUAGAGCUGUGCAAGUUUAUGCGAUUUGAACAGCGUCGUCGAUUUGAUUUUCGCAUUCGUGCGACUGAGUUUUUUUUCUCGAGGGAAACCUUGAAGGUGUUUUUUGAGUUACUGGGUAGUCACUGCCGAGCGAUUUCUCCUGUUCGAUAAUUUGAUUUAAGAAAUUUGAAUUCAUAUUAGGAAAAUUCGAAACCAAAUCUAAAAUCCUUUGUAUCCUUUCUUCGUCGGGAUUGAAUACUAUUUUUUGGUUAAAUUUUAGUUUCGUUUUGGGUGUGUGAUUUGCUUCUGAGUUUGGAAUACUUUCUGGGUUAUUUUCUGAUUCGGUGAAGUUUUUAGAAUUUUGUAUUAGUUGGUGAAGAAAGUCAAAUUUCAGCGGGAAAUUUGUACUUUCCCUUGUGGACCUUUCAACUACUGAAUGUGGAACAGAGCUGAUAAUAGCUUGUGCUUGAGAAUCUUAGAAAGUCAUCAACUUGUUUUACCUUAGAGAGUGGUCCACAAUGGAGAACGGUUCAUAUGAGGUUUUAGGUACCAAAGGUUUGCUGAAGAAACAUGAAUUCGUCAGGAUUCUGGUCCAAUGCUUAUACUCCUUAGGAUACAAGAAAUCUGCUUCUUGUCUGGAACACGAGUCAAGCAUCUCGUACAAAUCCUCAGACUUUGAGUUUCUUGAAAUGCAUGUUUUGAGUGGCAAUUGGGAUAGCUCCCUAGCUGUACUCGACAGGAUUUUCGAUAACUCCAGGGAUGACACGAGAAACGCAGCUUUGUAUCUAGUGUUCAGGCAAUGCGUGUUUGAGUAUUUGAAACGAGGUGAUACUUCUUUAGCUUUGAAUGUGCUGCAGAAGCAAGCUCCGUUGUUACGGGUUGGUAAAGACAAGAUUCACAGGCUUGCUUGUGAUAUCGUUACUUCGAAAGAGAUGGAAUCCGGGGAAGUGAACAACUGUUUGGUUCAAGAUUUGAGGAAAAGGUUGUUGGUUGAGCUGGAGAAGUUGAUUCCCACGCCGAUUGUUAUUCGUGAGAGAAGGUUGGAACAUUUGGUUGAGACUGCUGUGAUGGACCAGAUUGAUAAAUGUCUGUAUCAUAACUUAUGUGAUGCAGUAUCACUCUACGAGGAUCACCGUUGCAGUAGAGACCAAAUUCCUACAGAAACAGUUCAGAUUUUGAUGGCUCACAAAAACGAAGUGUGGUUUGUGCAAUUCUCUAAUAGUGGCAAGUAUCUGGCCACUGCAUCAAGCGAUUGUACAGCUAUGAUAUGGAAGGUACUGGAUGACAACAAAAUUGAACUGAUGCACACGCUUCAGAGCCACCAAAAUCCAGUUUCAUUCGUGUCCUGGAGCCCCGACGAUACGAAACUGCUUACAUGCGGAAACGCUGAGGUUCUAAAGCUAUGGGAUGUUGACACAGGUGUGUUGAGACACACAUUUGGAAACAACAAUAGCGGAUUCACUGUUAGCUCUUGCGCAUGGUUCCCUGACUCAACUCGGCUUGUCUGUGGCAGUUCUGACCCAGAAAGAGGGAUUGUAAUGUGGGAUACUGAUGGAAACGAGAUCAAAGCCUGGAGAGGAACGAGAAUUCCAAAGGUAGUAGAUUUAGCUGUGACGCCGGAUGGGGAAAGUAUGAUCACAGUGUUUUCGGAUAAAGAGAUCCGGAUCUUGAAUCUGGAGACAUUAGUCGAGCGUGUUAUCUCUGAGGAGCAGCCGAUUACUUCACUCUCGGUUUCUGGUGAUGGUAAGUUCUUUAUAGUCAACUUGAGCAGCCAAGAGAUACAUCUUUGGGAUCUUGCUGGAGAGUGGAAACAACCGUUGAAGUUUUCGGGUCAUAAGCAGAGCAAAUACGUGAUACGGUCAUGUUUUGGUGGCUUGGAUAGUUCGUUCAUCGCCAGUGGAAGCGAGGAUUCACAGGUUUACAUAUGGAAUCUGAAGAAGGGGAAGCCGCUUGAAGUGUUAUCAGGUCAUUCCAUGACUGUAAACUGUGUGAGCUGGAACCCAAGAAAUCCUCUGAUGCUGGCCUCUGCGAGUGAUGACCAGACCAUCCGUAUUUGGGGACCGGGAAAACCGGAUAAGCCGGGGAACCGGUUAGAUAACCAGAAACCGUAAAAGCUUUAAACCGAGGACAGAAGUCCACAUUCGUGUAUAGUUUAUUUCUGCUUCUUUUCUUGUUUCCUUAUUUGCUUUUGUAGAACACAUUCUUACUUAUCUUUACAUUU